AUGACGAUAACCAAUGGUCAGAUUAAUGGCCAUGCUUCUACUUCUACAUCCUCUCCUUCUGAAGAGGUAGCUUACUAUCUCAACGAAACAACCAAAAUCAUUCAAGCAUGGAUCAAAAAAGGAGAGAAUGAAGAUGAACCAGUUUCCAGAUUCACUUCGAGCAAAGAGAUGAGACAGGCAGUCAAAUUGUCACUUUCAGAUGAAUCAUGCUCAAACGAGAAGGUUCUGCAGAGUAUGGCCAGUUUGCUCGAUAACAGUGUCAACCCAUGGACUGGAAGAUUUGUUGAUAAGCUUUACUCUACCCCAAUGCCAAUCGGAAUAGCAAGUGAAGCUCUUUUGGCCGCCAUCAAUGCCAAUGCACACGUAAUUUCUGCUGCUCCGAUGCUCUGUUUAGCGGAAGAAACAUGCGUGAAUGGAUUGACAAGUCUGUGUGGAUGGAACCCUACCUAUGCUGAUGGAAUGACGAUGCCGGGUGGAUCGAUGUCCAAUACGUUUGCCAUUCAAACUGCGGUCAAUCAUUCUUUUCCUGCUUUCAAAAACGAAGGUGUUGUAGGCGUCAUUACAGAAUUGAUGGGAAGGCGUAAUAGGUCAGCUAAAGCAUCCAAACCUUUGAUCAUAACAGGUGCUGAUUCGCACUACAGUCUCGAGAAAGCUGCAUUGGCUUGUGGAAUGGGCUUGAACAGCGUAGUCAAGGUACCUUGUGACAUAUACGGCAACAUGGACGUUGAUGCUCUGGACAGAAUACUUGAGGGGCUAUACCAAGACAACGAAGGAAAAGGUGAAAAGGCAGGAUUCCCAUUCUUUGUCAAUGCAACAGCAGGAUCGACAGUAACGGGAUCGUUUGAUAAUUUGGAUCAAAUUGCAAACAUAUGUGACAAGUAUAGAAGUGCAUACGAGACUCCAUUGUGGUUGCACGUCGAUGGAUCGUGGGGAGGACCAGUCCUGUUCUCAUCGCGAUAUCGAUCAAGGAUGGCAGGCAUUGAACGAUGCGAUUCAUUGACGAUAAACCCUCACAAACUGCUCAACAUCCCUCACCAAUGUUCUUUCGUGCUCUUCCGCAAAGGGGAUGUGCUCGAGAACAAUGCAUUAGACGCACCUUAUCUCUUCCAUGCAAAUGAUGGAGAUGUAGAAUCGGACACAGCAGCAAAGCUAGAAGAAUCGGAAGCUGCACUACGGAGAAAGAAUGCACGACAUGAAGGUCCCGCAAAGGUGAACUUUGGCUGUGGAAGAAAGGGAGAUGCCCUCAAGCUGUACAUAGCCUGGCAAUCGAAAGGUGCAAGGUACUUUGGUGAGCAUGUAGAAAGAGGAAUCGAAUCAGCAAAUCGAAUCGUGCAAUACAUCAAAACGGAUUCGAAUCUUUCAAAACGAUUGCAACUAGCACAAACGGAAUCAAGUGGUGCACCUCUUUUCUUGCAAGUUUGCGUUCGACCUGCUCUAGGUGCAAAUGCAUCUGUAGAAGAGAGAAGCAAAGCAACGCAAUAUGUCCACAAUGCUAUCAGACAACAAAGGAGAUUUGCAGUUGACUUUGCUCCUCUUGGAAAAGGGCAAGGUGAUUUCAUUCGCAUGGUCACCCAUCCAUUCACCUCGUUCGAAGAUUUGGUCUCGCUAGUAACGCAAAUUGCUGAUUUUGGAGAUGACUACAUGCAUUUGAAGGGCAUAUAG